AUGCUCCAUCUGCGAAAAGCUUUUUCUGAUAAUCUGUUCAACCCCAACUAUUGCCGCAACCUCUUCUGCCUCUACCUCCGGACAAAGUCCGGCGAUGGCUCCGGCGGCUUUUGCUGGAAAACUAACGGACAAGAAGAAGAAGAAGAAGAAGGGCAAAUACGUCUUUUUAAAAGCAGAGGGCAGCACCUCCUGACCAACCCGCGAGUGCUGGACGCCAUCAUUCGGGCUUCGGGCGUGAAGCCCGAUGACACUGUUCUGGAAAUCGGGCCUGGCACCGGGAAUCUCACUCUCAAGCUCCUUGAGGCCGCCAACAAAGUUGUGGCCGUCGAGAUUGACAGUCGUAUGGUUGAGGUUCUGCGUAAACGGGUCGCUGGGAGAGGGUUUGAGGGCCGUCUCGACAUUAUUAAUGGUGAUGCAUUGAGGACCGAGUUCCCAAAAUUCAAUCUUGUCGUGGCAAACAUUCCUUAUGGCAUAUCAUCGCCUUUGUUGGCUAAAUUGGUUUACGGUGCAACCAAAAAUCCGUUUAGAAGUGCAACAUUAUUGCUUCAGAAAGAGUACGCGAGAAGGCUUUUGGCAAAACCAGGAGACUCCGAGUUCAAUAGACUGGCCGUGAAUGUGAAUCUGGUUGCUACUGUUGAAUUCGUAAUGGAUGUAAGCAAAAGGGACUUUGUACCAUGCCCGAGAGUUGAUUCCUCAGUGGUGAAAAUCUACCCGAAAAGUGAAAUCCUGAAUGUUGACCUAGACGAGUGGUGGGCUUUCACUAGGACUUGUUUUUGCAAGAAAAACAAGACUUUAGGCGCAACGUUCAAACAGAAGAGGAAGUUGAUGGAGUUAAUGAAAUUGUCUAAAUUUGGUUUGCUUUCCAAAGAUGGUAAUACAGAAUGUGGUGAAUGUGAUAGCAAUGGUGAUGGAGAUGAAGAAGGAUUCGGAUCGUGUUUGGGCUCCGAUAAUGGGGUUGGCAUUCUCAGGAGGAAAAUCGUGAGCGUUUUGGAGUCGGGUGAGUUCUUGGAUAAGAGGCCGUCCAAACUGUCAAAUGAUGAUCUUUUGUGUUUGUUGUCUCUGUUUAAUGAAGCUGGUAUCUCUUUUAGUGAUCAAGAAAAGCCAAAGGGUGGUGUUUGUGCUGCUGCUUGUGAAGAUUUGAUGUAA